UGCUCAAUUCUCAAAGACUUAGGUUUCCCGCCUCACUCCCUCAGUCAGGCCUCCUGGCCCCCUUGUGCAUCCGUAGUGGCCUCUCCACCAUCCCUUUUCUUCUCUUGUCCUCCCCAUGGCCCAGACAUGAGUGGACCCCUAGAAGGGGCUGAGAGGGGAGGGGAUCCCAGGCCUGGGGAUGCCUUCUGUUCUGGAGGGUCCCCAUCCCCUGGGCCCUCACAGCACCGACCUUGCCCAGGCCCUAGCCUGGCUGAUGACACAGAUGCUAAUAGCAAUGGCUCAAGCGGCAAUGAAUCCAACGGUCCUGAGUCUAGGGGUGCAUCUCAGCGGAGCUCACAUAGCUCUUCCUCUGGCAAUGGCAAGGACUCAGCCCUGCUGGAGACCACUGAGAGCAGCAAGAGCACAAAUUCUCAGAGCCCAUCCCCACCCAGCAGUUCCAUUGCCUACAGCCUUCUAAGUGCCAGUUCGGAGCAGGAUAACCCAUCUACCAGUGGCUGCAGCAGUGAACAGUCAGCCCGAGCGAGGACCCAGAAGGAACUCAUGACAGCGCUGCGGGAGCUCAAGCUUCGACUGCCACCAGAGCGCCGGGGCAAGGGCCGCUCUGGGACCCUCGCUACACUCCAGUACGCACUGGCCUGUGUCAAGCAGGUGCAGGCCAACCAGGAAUACUACCAGCAGUGGAGCCUGGAAGAGAGUGAGCCGUGUUCCAUGGACAUGUCCGUCUACACCCUGGAGGAGCUGGAGCACAUCACGUCUGAGUACACACUUCGAAACCAGGAUACCUUCUCGGUGGCAGUCUCCUUCCUGACAGGCCGCAUUGUCUACAUUUCGGAGCAGGCAGGGGUCCUGCUUCGUUGCAAGCAGGAUGUGUUCCGGGGCGCCCGCUUCUCAGAGCUCCUGGCACCCCAGGAUGUGGGCGUGUUCUAUGGUUCCACUGUUCCAUCUCGCCUGCCCACCUGGGGCACUGGGGCCUCAGCAGGUUCUGGCCUCAAGGACUUCACCCAGGAAAAGUCUGUCUUUUGCCGUAUCAGUGGAGGUCCGGACCGGGAUCCAGGACCUCGGUACCAACCAUUCCGCCUGACUCCAUAUGUGACCAAGAUCCGGGUCUCGGAUGGGGCCCCCACACAGCCAUGUUGCCUACUCAUCGCAGAGCGCAUUCACUCGGGUUAUGAAGCUCCUCGGAUCCCUCCUGACAAAAGGAUUUUCACUACUCGGCACACCCCUAGCUGCCUCUUCCAGGAUGUGGAUGAGAGAGCCGCCCCACUGCUGGGCUACCUACCGCAGGACCUCCUAGGGGCCCCUGUGCUCCUAUUCUUACAUCCUGAGGACCGGCCCCUCAUGCUGGCCAUCCACAAGAAGAUUCUCCAGUUGGCGGGCCAGCCCUUUGACCACUCUCCUAUUCGCUUCUGCGCUCGUAAUGGGGAGUACAUCACCAUGGACACAAGUUGGGCCGGCUUUGUGCACCCCUGGAGUCGCAAGGUGGCCUUUGUAUUGGGGCGCCACAAAGUACGCACGGCACCCCUGAAUGAGGAUGUGUUCACUCCUCCGGCCCCCAGCCCAGUUCUCUCCCUGGACCCUGAUGUCCAGGAGCUAUCAGAGCAAAUCCACCAUCUGCUGUUACAGCCUGUGCAUAGCCUCAGUCCCACGGGGCUCAGUGGAGUCGGUCCUGUGACUUCCCCAGGCCCUCUCCUCAGCCCUGGCUCCUCCAGUGAUAGCAACGGAGGUGAUGCUGAGGGACCUGGGCCUCCUGCCCCUCCCCCUGUGACCUUCCAGCAGAUCUGUAAGGACGUGCAUCUUGUGAAGCACCAGGGGCAGCAGCUUUUUAUUGAGUCUCGGGCCCGACCUCCACCCCGGCCCCGCCUCCCUGGAGUUGGUACUUCCAAGGCCAAGGCCCUUCCCUGCCAAUUCCCAGACCCAGAGCAGGAGGUGGCACCUGCCCCAGGACUCCAUGCCCCACUAGCUUUGGUCCCUGAGGAGGCAGAGAGGAAAGAUGCCUCUACCUGCUCCUACCAGCAGAUUAACUGCCUGGACAGCAUCCUCAGGUACCUGGAGAGCUGCAACAUCCCCAGCACAGCCAAGCGCAAGUGUGCCUCCUCCUCCUCCUGCACCGCCUCCUCUGCCUCCGAUGACGACAAGCAGAGGACAGGUUCCAUCUCUGUGGGGGCCAAGAAAGAUCCAUUGGCGGCAGUGCUGUCUGGGGAGGGGGCCGCCCCGCGGAAGGAGCCAGUAGUGGGAGGCACCUUGAGCCCGCUCACCCUGGCCAAUAAGGCGGAGAGCGUGGUCUCCAUCACCAGUCAGUGUAGCUUCAGCUCCACCAUCGUCCAUGUGGGAGACAAGAAGCCCCCGGAGUCGGACAUCAUCAUGAUGGAGGAACUGCCUGGCCUGGCCACGGGCCCAACCCCUAGCCCAGCUCCCAGCCCCACAGUGGCCCCUGACCCAGCCCCAGAUGCCUACCGCCCAGUGGGCCUGACCAAGGCCGUGCUGUCCCUGCACACACAGAAGGAGGAGCAGGCCUUCCUCAGCCGCUUCCGGGAUCUUGGCAGGCUGCGUGUACUGGACAGCUCCUCCAUGGCACCAUCGACCCCUGGCGAGCGAGGCUGCCACCAUGGCCCCGUCCCCCAUGGCCGGCGACACCACUGCCGAUCCAAAGCCAAGCGCUCACGCCACCACCAGACCUCCCGGCCCGAAGCCCCCUGCUAUGUCUCCCAUUCCUCACCUGCACCACCAUCUGCCCCCUGGCCCCCGCCAUCAGCCACUACUCCCUUCUCAGCUAUGGUCCAGCCCUAUCCUCUCUCAGUAUUCUCCCCCAGGGGAGACCCUCAAUCUCUGCCCCCUACCCCUACUUCUGUGCCCCCUACUGCUUUCCCUGCCCCCCUAGUAACUCCAAUGGUGGCCUUGGUGCUCCCUAACUAUCUGUUCCCUAAUCCCUCCAGCUAUCCCUAUGGAGUACCCCAGACCCCUGCUGAGGGGCCUCCCACCCCUGCCUCCCAUUCCCCUUCUCCGUCCUUGCCCCCGCUACCCCUCAGCCCUCUCCACCGUCCAGACUCGCCGUUAUUCAAUUCAAGAUGCAGCUCCCCUCUCCAGCUAAAUUUGCUGCAGUUUGAGGAGCCCCCACGUGCUGAAGGGGGUGCUGUUGCAGGAGACCCUGGGAUCAGUGCUGGGCCCCCCCCUCCCAACGAGGAGGUUUUGGAGCCAGAGGGCAGACUGGUGGAGGUGACUGAGUCCUCCAAUCAGGAUGCACUGUCGGGUUCCAGUGACCUGCUGGAGCUGCUGCUACAAGAGGACUCACGCUCAGGCACAGGCUCUGCUGCCUCGGGUUCCUUAGGCUCUGGCAUGGGCUCUGGGUCUGGUUCAGGCUCCCACGAGGAGGGCAGCACCUCAGCCAGCAUCACUCGCAGCAGUCAGAGCAGCCACACAAGCAAGUACUUCGGGAGCGUGGACUCUUCUGAGGCUGAGGCAGGGUCGGCCAAGGGCAGGACUGAGCCUGGGGACCAGGUCAUUAAGUAUGUGCUUCAAGAUCCCAUCUGGCUGCUCAUGGCCAACGCUGACCAGCAUGUCAUGAUGACCUACCAGGUGCCCUCCAGGGACAUGGCCUCUGUGCUGAAGAAGGACCGAGAGCGACUCCGGGCCAUGCAGAAGCAGCAACCUCGUUUCUCAGAGGACCAGAGACGGGAAUUGGGUGCUGUGCACUCCUGGGUCCGGAAGGGCCAGCUGCCUCGCGCCCUUGAUGUGAUGGCUUGUGUGGACUGUGGUAGCAGCACCCAAGACCCAGGCCAUCCUGAUGACGCACUUUUCUCGGAGCUGGAUGUACUGGGGCUGGAGCCCAUGGAAGAAGGCGGAGGCGAGGGUGGUGGUGGUAGUGAGGGCAGAGGAGGCGUGGGAGAGGGUGGAGGUGAGGUUGGAGCCAGGGUUUCAAGCUCUCAGGACUUGGCCAUGGAGGAAGAGGAACAAGGUGAGAGCUCAUCCAGUUCAGCCUUACCUGCCCCAGAAAACGGCACCAGCUAG